AUGUGCAAACAACAGGACUGUGGCCAUGGUUCCUGUGAUACAAUAGCAGAAAGGAGUGCCCUAAGAGAACAUGUGUAUCCUAAGCUGAGAGAAUUCUGCAGGGAGAACUAUGGGCUGGAAUUUCAGGUCAUAGACUUAUACUGGGGAGUUGAAGCAGAUGAAUGGGACAGUCCUGAGCUGCAAAAGACUCGUAUGAAGCUGUUAGAAGAUUGCUUGAAAACUUCUGCAGGUCCAUGUUUUGUUGGCCUAUUGGGAGAGAAGUACGGGAACAUCCGAAUACCAGGGGAGGUUGAGUCAGCAGAAUUUGAAAUGAUCCUGGAUGCCGCUGUAGAGGCCAAGCUAGAGACGAGGAUUUUAGAAGAGUGGUACUGCAGGGAUGAGAAUGCAGUGCCACCAGCAUAUUACCUCAGACCAAAAUCUGAAAUGCUGAAGAACUACCAGAAUACGAUGGAAUCUUCUUCAAACUCUAUGAAUGAGAACAAAUGGCAAGAUGUAUCAGAAGAGAUUAAGAAGAUUUUUAAGACUGCUGUGAAAUUGCUGUAUGAAAAAGGAAAAAUGAAACACAGCCAAGCAAAGAGAUAUCUUUCCUCUGCUAUUGAAGAUGAACUUGAUUUUGCCUUGGGUAAACAAACACCAGCUUUCCUAAAGAAGUGUGUUUGCUACAUUCGGAAAAUUGCCAACAUUGAGCGUUUUGUUAAAAUUCCAGAGAUGGGAAAAUACAUGGAUGUGGUACAUACAGCUGGGAAGUUUCUACGAGAUCCCGAAGCCCAUGAGAAACUGAUCAAGCUCAGGGAUGAAUUCAUUCCUACCAUCGUCGCAUCAUCCAAUCUGAGAGUGUACACGUCCGUCACUCACUGUGACAUGAAACUGGGCUACUCCCAAGAAGUGGAGAACCAUUACAUUGAAGGACUUGGUAAACAGUUCUAUGAAGACAUGAUUGACAUAAUCCAAGCAACAGUGCAGCAGAAUUUUGACACCGAGACAGACCUGCUGUAUGAUGAAGUUCUUCAACACUCAUCGCUAUGUAAAACGUACUCCACUUUUUAUGAAUACAGAUGUGAGGCAUUAAACAUAGUUCACAAGUAUGUUCUACCUAGCAAAAUAGGACAUAUUAACCCUCUUAUCAUAUACGGAGGACCAUGCACCGGGAAGACUCUUUUAUUAGCCGAAGUGGCGAAGAAGUCCUAUUCCUGGCUGCAAGAAGAGAUGGGACCAGAGUCUGACCCUGUGGUAGUUAUAAGAUUUUUGGGAUCCACGGAAACAAGUACAGAUCUGAAGAAUAUACUUCAAAGCAUUUGUGAACAAUUAGCAGUCAACUAUCGUUGCCUCGUACAAAGUUACCCAAAAAAGAUUCAUGACCUUCGGGACUUGUUCAUCAAUCUCUUGAAUGAGUCUUCAUUCCAUAGGCCGCUGGUGAUAAUAUUUGAUGCCCUAGAACAGCUAACAGAUAGUGAUGAUGGUAGGAAGCUCUGGUGGCUUCCCAUUCACCUUCCACGUUCAGUACGGAUAAUUUUGUCAACACUGCCAAACAAGCACGGGAUCCUGCAAAAACUGAGGUGCCUUAUUCAUGAAGAAGACAACUACAUUGAAUUGACUGCAAGGGAUAGAAAGAUGUGUAGCCAAGUACUGAAACAUCAGCUGCUGCGAGUUAAAAGAAAAGUAACAUCAGGGCAACAAAUCUACGUCAAUGAAGCAUUCUCCAAGUGCACACUGCCUAUGUUUGUGAACUUAACCUUCAGAGAGGUCAGGAACUGGAGAUCUCACAAAGAUGUGGAUGAGUCCUCCCUCUGCGUCACUGUCCAUGAAAGCAUAGAGCAGUUGUUUUGGUCACUAGAAAACAAGUGUGGAUCCAGACUAUUGUCAAGAGCACUUGGCUACAUCACUAUGUCCAAAUCUGGCCUGAGUGAAAUGGAACUGGAAGAUAUUUUAGCCCUUGACAAUAGUGUUAUGUACGAACUGAGUGAGAGUGUCAGAGAAAGUAACCCACUGAGAAUUCCAUAUAUAUACAUUGCAAGGCUUAAGGAGGGCUUACAGGGGUACUUGAUAGAGCGACAAGUGAAAAAUGUGACACUUCUUCUUUGGGCAAAUAGGCACUUGCAACUAAUUGCCCAGAAAUUGUACCUGCACAAUGAAGAAGAUGUACAUGAAAUGCACACAGUCAUGGCAGAGUAUUUCCUUGGUGUUUGGUCAGGCGGACGAAGAAAACCUUUUUACAGCAAUGACCAAUAUCUGAAUGGUUGUCCUGACCAUGACAGUAGAGGCCUGAAUGAGGAUGAAAAGCAUUGCAUGGAUCAGACUGCUUUUGACAGGCAGGCACCUGAUCAGCCAUGGGUCUUUCAGUGUAAUCCAUUAGAGCCUGAUAUCUUUUUUAUCAAUCACAGAAAAAUGACAGAACUUAUUCAUCACUUGACAAGGUGUGGAAGAACAGAUGAUCUUCUGUACGGAGUCAUUAUGAACUUCAGCUGGCUGUACACCAUGAUUAGAAUAGGGCAGUUUGAUAAAGCACUUUCUGACAUAGAACUGGCUUACACCUACUCGCACGAAAAGGAGCUGAAAUUUCUGGCCAGUACCCUCCGCAGUAUAAAGUUUAAAGUAGUAAAAUACCCAGGUUCGCUCUCUGCUGAAUUGCAGCAGAGGCUUCUCCCAGUAGUAAGUUCAUUGCCCAAACUCAGACAUCUCCUCUUAGAAUGUGACAAGGAUGGACCCAAGUAUUGCUCUAUCGUCCCUUUGCAUUCCUCCAUGGAUGUGACUUACAGCCCCGAGCGCCUGCCGCUGUCAUCCAGCUGCAUGCACGUCACUGAGAUUUUGUCUACUUUUAAUCCCAGCACAAUUAUUGCUGCUUUAGAAAAUGGCUCCAUCAGCACUUGGGAUGUAGAGACCCGCCAGUUACUAAGGCAGAUUACAACAGCUCCAUCUGUUAUCUUAGGGAUGAAGCUUACUAGUGAUGAAAAGUAUCUUGUAGUGGCUACAACGAAAAACACUCUCUUGAUAUACGAUAACAUAAAUUCCUGUCUUCUGUCUGAGGUGGAAAUUAAGGGGUCAAAACAUUGUGGAAUUGCAGGGGGCUCCAGUUUUAUAAACGGAUUUACGUUAUCAGUCAACCAUGCGCUUGCUUGGCUGGAGGCCAGCAAAGACGUUACUGUAAUAGAUCUGCUUUAUGGCUGGCCUCUCUAUCACUUCCACUGCUGGUAUGAAGUGACCUGUGUGCAGUGUUCUCCAGAUGGAGUUUAUGCGUUCUGUGGACAGUACUUGAACACCACAACCAUUUUUCACUUGGGCAGUGGAGAGAAGCUGGCCACCGUGACCUCUGAAUUUUCUGGUGGAUUUGUGAAAUUCCUUCUCAUUCUGGACACAGCCCAAGAAAUGGUGAUGGUGGACAAUGAGGGUAGCCUCUCUGUUUGGAAUACAGAGGAAAUCACAAAUCCCCAGCUUACGGAUGACUUUGACUGUAGGAGAGAAGACAGUGAAGUUGUCAGCAUAGAGCUUUCUGAAGACCAAAGUGCAAUUUUAAUUUGUAAGGCUCUCAGCAUUGAACUUCUUGACACUCAUGUGUGGAAGGUGGCUGAAAAGUUUAGAGCUAAACACAAUGAGCGCUUUAUCUCUGCCGUGUUGUCCAAAAAUGGCAACUGUAUAAUUGCUUCAAUGGAAAAUACCUCAGCCAUUUUUGUUUGGAGAAGAGAUACGGGACAGUGUAUGGCAAGCUUACAGGAAAUCUCAGGAACUAUAGUCAGGCUAAUUAAAUCAAAUCAUCAUAACAUGCUGCUAUCCUUAUCCACCAGUGGUGUCCUUUCUAUUUGGGAUAUAGACAUCAUAACUGCUAUGUCCAAUAUUGACAAAUCUGGCAAGCCUAUCCAAAGACUGGUGUUGCCAGCCAGAGGUGAAUUAAUAUACACAUUGGAUGGAUCAGAUUCUGUCCAUAAGUGGAACUUCAGCACUGGCUUUAUUGAAGCUGUGUUCAAGCAUGAAGGUAUUGUUGAAAACUGCGUGCUGACCUCUUCUGGAGAGAUAAUGGUUACAUCAGAUGAUAAAUGCAGCCAGUAUGUAUGGCACACGGUUAGUGGUGAAAAUAUCUUUCGCAUUAAUGGACAAAAAAUCUCAGAGCUAAUGAUUACUCACAAUGAUCAAUUUGUAGUCUCUCUCUGUGAGCAAAAUGCAUCCAGAGUUUGGCGACUGGCUACAGGACAUAGGGUUUGCAAUAUUUUAGUUGCCUUACAGAAUGCAUUUAUAACAACUGCAAAUACAUUCGUAGUUGGAAUGGCGAAGAAUAAAGUGUUGGCAGUGAGUCUCUGGACAGGCAGUAUAACCAAGAAGUUUUGCUGUGAUGAUGGUGCAAGCAUUGUCGAUAUUAAGCUGAUACCAGACUGCCCAGAUAUUAUAGUAUUUAUAACAUCUACUGAAACUGUGAACAUCUGGAGCCUAACAGAGGAAGUCAUCUGCAGACGCGUACAAUUGCCUACCAAUUUCUUAAAAAUUUUGGAAGACUUCGAAAUAUCUCCAAAUGGGAAGCUAGGAAUUAUAACCCGUGGUGAUGAGAACAUCAAUGUGCUUGAUUUAUACAGCGGAAAACUUCGUGUGGUUCAUGCUCCGGGUAUCAUCUGGCGGCAGAGGCUAUCUCGUGAUGGCCGCUACCUUGUGUACAUCUGUUUUCGCAGUGAAGAAGAUGAUGAUAAUGGUGCAGUCUCUAGCUUAAUUGUAAUGAGGCUAGCGGAUGGCAAAAACAUCGGUGCCUGUUCUCUUUAUAAAACUCCCACUUUUCUUGCACUCUCACAGAGACAUUUAAAUAUUAUUAUUGGAUUUGAUGACGGAAGUAUAGGUACUUACACUGUAGUGGAUCGAGUCGAUGCUGCACUGAAAAUCAAAAUUGCUACUUCAAACAGCCGUCAGAUUUUCAACAACACAACACAAGUGAUUAGGCCAAAAUGUCACAAUUAUAGCUUCAAAGUGACUGCAGACUGCAUUUGGAGGGAAUCAACAGAAGUAUUUGCAAGGGAUAGUCCCAUUACAGUUACAGAGCCUGAGGUGAGUGAAGCAACACCAACCAAAAAACACAACUAUUGCUAUGAGAAAGUGUGCUCAGCCAUAGAUUGCAGAGGACACAGUUUUGCUCCAGACAACUGAGUAACCAUCUGGGUGAGCUUAUCUGAAUAAUAGUAUACAUGCAUAGAUUUGUCUUCUGAAUUCACCUAAAAAACAGUGCAUUUCUUGGAAGACAGACAGAAACAGCAGAGGGCAGACCAACUGUUUUUUCCUCGACAAAUAUUCUUACAUUUAUGUAAACAUAAAAGCAAACAUAAAGCAAAUGGGCUGCAGGGUUUUUUAAAUUUCGGAAUACAAGGUUCAGUCCAGGAUUUCACCAGGGCCUUGAUUAAAAAUUUCUAGCAAUACUAUCAAAAUUGUUAUGCUAUUACAGAAGUUAGGCGAUCUUAUCUGGGAUUGACAAACUGUUUUAAGCAGAACUAAAGCUCCACAGGAUCAGUGAGAAGAGUCAGACCACUAUUUUAUAUACCAAGCCGCCUAGAUGGGUCUAUAGCUAACAGCCAACUUUAUACCCACUUGCAAAAAUGUGUUUUUCUGCUUGAUGGUGCAAUGACAAGAUGUCACCUGCCAACCUGGAACACUUGAUACAUUCCAUCAUCAUUUAAAAAAUACCUACUUCUUUUUUUUUUAAAUUGGGAUUAAUCUUUGGGUUGAAAGUAGUAGGUGCCAGUCAGCUGCAAACAUGUCAGUGUGUGAGGUGAUAAGUAUUUGUUCACCUC